GAAGCUCCUCCCCGCGGGCCGCGGGGCCGGAAGCCGCCGCCGGGUGCCCUGUGAACCGGGAAGGGCUCGGUUUGAAUGAGAUCCGGCUGAUUCACCGCGGCCCGGGCGGCUCCGGCCCAGAUUGAAGGAAACAUUAUCAAAAUACCUUUGCUGACUUUGGAAGGAAAGGAGGAAAGAGACUUACUGGUGUCAUCUUUACAGUCAAAAAGUGGGAGCUGCUGCCACAUUUGAUCUGUGAUCGCUCCUGCUAAGCACCAGAAAUAUGGAUAGACUUCUGCGGCUGGGAGGAGGUAUGCCUGGGCUCGGACAGGGGCCACCAACAGAUGCUCCUGCAGUUGAUACAGCAGAACAGGUUUAUAUCUCUUCCCUUGCACUGCUGAAAAUGUUGAAGCAUGGUCGUGCUGGUGUCCCUAUGGAAGUCAUGGGUCUGAUGCUUGGAGAAUUUGUUGAUGAUUAUACUGUGAGAGUGAUUGAUGUUUUUGCAAUGCCACAGUCUGGAACGGGUGUCAGUGUGGAAGCAGUGGAUCCUGUAUUUCAAGCAAAAAUGUUGGAUAUGCUGAAACAGACAGGAAGACCUGAGAUGGUAGUUGGUUGGUAUCAUAGUCAUCCUGGCUUUGGCUGUUGGUUGUCUGGUGUAGAUAUCAAUACCCAGCAGAGCUUUGAGGCCUUAUCAGAAAGAGCUGUUGCUGUGGUGGUGGAUCCCAUUCAGAGUGUAAAAGGAAAGGUUGUUAUUGAUGCCUUCAGAUUGAUCAAUGCUAAUAUGAUGGUCUUAGGACAUGAACCAAGACAAACAACUUCAAAUCUGGGUCACUUAAACAAGCCAUCUAUCCAGGCACUAAUUCAUGGACUAAACAGACAUUACUACUCCAUCACCAUCAACUACAGGAAGAAUGAACUAGAACAGAAGAUGUUGCUAAAUUUGCAUAAGAAGAGUUGGAUGGAAGGUUUGACACUUCAGGACUACAGUGACCACUGCAAACUCAAUGAAACAGUAGUGAAGGAGAUGUUAGAAUUAGCUAAGAAUUACAACAAGGCUGUUGAGGAAGAAGAUAAGAUGACACCUGAACAGCUGGCAAUAAAAAAUGUUGGCAAGCAGGACCCCAAACGUCAUUUAGAAGAGCAUGUGGAUGUGCUGAUGACCUCAAACAUUGUCCAGUGUUUAGCUGCUAUGUUGGAUACAGUUGUAUUUAAAUAACCAAUUUACCAUUUGUGAUGCUUUCUGUGUAUAUUUGUUUAUUGUUUCUAAUACUCACAAAACAGAGACUGUUGAGGCUCUAUUUGAUUAAACAGAGACAUCUGACUUUUGCAAUGUAAGCGCAUCACUAUAACACCUUUCAGUCUCUAAUUGUGCAUUUGCUUCAAUUUCUUUAUGUCAGGGUCCUCACAGAUUACAAAGUAUUCAAGAACACCACGUGGGCAAAAAUGUAUUACAUUUUCAUUUAAUAUUUGGGGGGAAAAUCAGUAAUACAUAUAUAUUUUGAUUGUUGCAACUUAAUAAAAAUACAUUUACAAACCUG